UCACUUGUCUUAUCAAAAUGAAUCUCUUCUCCAUACAUUUUAAAGUUAUGUAUUGAAAGGUAAUUUAACUGCGAGUGAUUCUGAAGCAAGUAUUAUUCAUCUUGAUAGCAGUCAAAGAAAGAUUUUACACUUUUUUAAAAGUCAAUAGUAGAUUUGAUUAUUGUAAGAUAUUACGACUUUUGCGUCUCACUAUAACGACUUUUCCGCCAUUGAUGUAUUAUAAAACUGAACGCGUGCGAGUCGAACAAGCGAUACUGAGUGGUUUCUAUGCAAAAUUAGUCUCUCAUCAAAUUUAUGACUGUACGAACCGUUGUUUAACCUCGGGUGAUUAUUUUUGUUAUUUGUAAAAUUCAUUUUUCAACCUAUCAGUACGACUCACAAUGUUUGAUCAGUUUCACGACUAUUUUGACUUUCACGACUUUGACUUUUUUGACUUUCCCGACUUUCAUCGAACAGCAUUUCUUUUAUGAUAAGUACAUUAGUACCAUAUUAAUAUUAUUAUGUAUACUGUACAUAGAUUUUAUAUAAUUGUGUUUUGAAAAAGUUAGAAAUAAAUAAUUGUGAAUAAAUUGAUAAUUGUAUUGGUUGUUUUAUUUUUUGACACUUAGUUAAGUUUGAUAGCAAGUCAUUCUUGAAGCAUGCGAUUUUGACACCUGGAGCAAAAGUCGUUGGUUGAAUAAAAAAAAGACUCCUGCACUCAUUUUUUUUCUUUUUUUUAGAAAGGAAAGCUAUUUAAUCCUUGUGUCGCGUUAUUCAAUAAUACAUGCACAAAUUCGGAAGUAUUCCUGGAUCACACAAACGGUUGUCCUACGCGAAGAUGGAACCCGCGACACUCUUGGUGAACUCAACCACAGGGCUUGGUAACCGUUCCAAAUCAGUGUGAUAGUGGUUCUUACUCAGGUUCUUGUCAAAAGCUCGUUCGGAGAGGAAUUGAUUCCCUAUCGAAAUAAGCACUGGGAUAAACCUGGUUAAUUUGAAACGGCAAAUGGGCGGAGCUUAGGCGAAUUAACCAGGUUUCCGAGCCCUGCUCUGACAGUCCACAAACUAAGUUUAUGAUCUCAAUUAUGACUGUAUGUGUUACAAUAUGUAUUUAUAUUCUACCAAUACUGGUCUUCAAAUAAUAACCUUCAUCAUCAGCGGAAUUUUCGUCCACUGGUGGACAUAGGCCUCAUAAAUUGCACGCCAUCGUGUCUUCGGACAAGCAUUGCUGUGUCCCAGGGUGCAAGGAGAGUGGAGGUAUGUCAGCCUUAAUUUUUGUUAUUUUACUUGUUAAAGUAUUAACUGCAUAACAUUUACCAGCAUAAAAGCUGUUCACAUUGUUCACAAGUUUGACAUUAUAGAAAUCGUUGCACUGUCUCAAUAAAAUCUUGUAUAUUUAUAGUAUCUCUGAUGAAACCACUUGGCCAACGUGAUAUACAACCGUUAGAUGAACAUUUUUGUUUAAAUCAUACUUACUGUACCAUUUGCACCCAUUGGUCUAAACCGGUGCUUUCAAUGUUAUGUCUUCUUCGAAGUAUACUCCCGUGCCCUUUUGAGGAAAAUAAAUAAAGUUCACUAUGUAGCAAUGCAACCCACUGAGACAAAGCUGUUAGCCUGAGUAUUGUUUAUGAUUGAGAUCUUGGUUACAGCAACAUUUGUGUUUGUUGACUUAACUUAGUUAUUUUACAUUUAUUUUAGGUAUGCGUCCAGUGCUUCAUAGGUUCCCGAACCCUGAAAGCGAUAGAGAAAGCUUCAAUACAUGGCUUUAUGCGAUCGGUAGUGAUAUAUUGGGCUUGGAAAACAAGCACAUAUUUAAAUACCGCCGUGUGUGUCGCUCACACUUCGAAGAUAAAUAUCUAUGCCGUAACAACAAAAUCAGCAUCAUUGCUGUGCCAACAUUGAAUAUGCCAGCACCAUUAUCACUGAAGAGAUUGAAAUCUGUUGAAAAGAAGCCUUUACAACAAAUUCUGGAGCUGCCAUCAACAUCAUCAGACCCCACUUUAAAUAUUAAAGAUUUGCUGCAUACUUCAAUGAAAAUUGGAAAGGAUGUACAAAAAGAAAAUAUUGAGCCGGAAACUCCAGUGCAUGAGCAUAACAUGCCACUUGGAAAGGUUUCAAUACCCAAGAAAAAUAUGAAACAAAAUCUUGGUAAGUUUGUCUUUCUUUAUUAGUUGACGAAACUAUAGAGAUGUGUUGGAAACCAAUAUCUAAUCAUACAAGAAAAAUAUAUCUAAACCGGGAUCACGAUUCAAUGCCCGCGAGUUGCAUGAACUGCAGUGUAGUUACUUGAAAAUAUUAACCUAAUCUACUUAUAAACCCAGUGGUAGAGCUGUUGGUUUUCCUUCUUCUACUUAAAUAAAUAAGUUUAUUUCGUUAAAAAUCUUUUAAUUUGAUUUUUAAAGUAUUGUUACUUCGUUCUUUUUUCCCCUACAAUACUCAUUCAGUUUAAAUUAUUCAAUAGAGAAUAAUUAUUUUGAUUAAUUUCGCUGUCGAA